AUGCCAGAUCUUACAUCGAUAAUGAACGGGAGGGAGGAAGAGGGGAAUGAGAUGCAUGUUGUUUCAUUGCGAACUACGCCUGCAUCCGCACCCCUCUUUGAGACUCCAUUCAUUCUCUGUCCUUUAGUAAAUUUGGGUAACACAUGUUACUUUAACGCUGGUGUGCAGCUUUUUGCGAACUGUAUCCCAUUUGUAUACGGUCUGAGGAAUUCUCCAUUUCGGCAUCCCUUCCUUGGCUCCCGCGCCCUGAAGUACUGUCGUACUGGAGGAAAGGCUUCCCAAGCAUUGUUUCAGGCCUUUGCAGAACUUUUAUAUGACAUGGAAUUUGCACGACUUGGGCAGGGUGAGGCUCUUUCGCCACUGAAGGCGCUAGACUGCUUGGCGGCUGUUCACCCUGCCUUUGAGGGUCGUGGUCAACAGGACUGCCCAGAGAUGGUGAAUGUCCUCAUUGCCAACCUGUCAGAGGAGGGAAGACAAAAUGUGGAGUUGGAAGCGUUAUUGUGUUCCUUUGAAGAAGAUGCCCUCACACGUGCGGCUUCUGAUGCUGUGUUAGUGGAUGUUGUCGGUCGUGACAAUAUACCCAACUCACACUCCACCGUGGGUAUGGAUUUUCGAUCUAUGCCGCAUGAGCAUCCCACUGGGGUACUCAUUAAUGAAGAGACGUUAAAACUAUGCAGUCAUUCUGUAACGGAUAAAGAAGAAAAAAUUGAGAUACCGUCAUCGUUUCUCUUUGCUGGGAAACCCAAUAUGCUGUCCUUUAAUUUUCCAGGUAGCUGGUGGACCUACAAUACGUUUCAACUCAUGCAAACAGUGAACCAUGACAAUGAGCAGCUUGAUCGCAAAGAGAGGGCCAGGAAGGAUAGGCCACAACAGAAUACAUUUUGUCCACCAAAGUUACACUAUAACAGUGUGACGGAUUGUUUUACUGGGUAUAUGUUAUCGGAGGUUCAGUGUCAUACAUGUAAUAGCACCUCCCGUAUCGUUGAGGAAUUUUCUUCUCUUACCAUUGAUGUUUCAUCUUACAGCCAACGCAUGCAGUAUGCCCGGAGACAUCCAGAAGCGCGAUGUUCCGCGGAGCAACGACCUUUCAUGCAACAGAAGAGCCGUGGGCCGCUUCAAUGGUGGAACCCGUUUGUUUGGAUUGGUGCAUUGACCCGUUUUUUCUUUAGCUUCUUUAAGGGUUUUUCAGAUUACAUUGAUUACCCCAUCACCUUGAAGGAGUGCCUUGAUAUUCACUUCGAGCCUGUGGUCCUGAAGGGAAGUAACAGUUAUCAUUGUGCCUCGUGCAAUAACGUAUCGGAAGCCACUAAACGCGAAUUUCUUCUCUCCCUUCCAGAGUAUUUACUUCUGCAGAUGAAACGCUUUGAAUAUGGGACGUGUUUUAAUACAAAAAAAACGGAUCCUGUUAUAUUUCCCGUCUCUUGGGAUAUUGGAGAAGCUGGUGAUGCAGAUGUGCUGCGUCUUGAUGAUUACAUGCAUGAGAGCGUCAUGAGAAAUAUGGCACCUUCCGUACCGUGUCGGUCCAUUAUAAGCACAGACAUUUGUACAGAUGCAAUAGAGAACAUGACGAAUCCAAUGCAUACGCAACAAGUAGAUAGCCCUAUCAGUGAGAGUAUGGAAGGGGCAUACACGGAGAUGCAGUCUCCGAUUUACACGUACACAUUAGAAAAUGUUGUGAAUCAUCAUGGAUCUAUCAUGGGUGGGCACUAUACGGUCUACGCACGCAAAAAAACGGAGGAGGAAAAUGUAUGGUUGUCUUUAAAUGACGAGGAAAUCACUCGUGUGGGUGUCAAUGAGGUUGCCGAUUCAGAAGAAUAUCUUUUGCUUUACAAGAAACAGCCACUUCAACCCCGCUCAGAAGCUGUUCUGACGCUCCGUCGCAAGGCGCAAAGCCUCCUUUCGCUCCCACCGUCCGAUGGGGAAGUAUUACUGAAGGAAGAAUUCACAGACAGGCAUGAAAAGAGGGAUGCAAAAGGAAAGAGGGUGGUGUAUAUUUCCCGCCCUUGGUUACAACGGAUGGCUUUCAUGGAGGAGCCAGGGCCCAUUCUUAAUCGACUAUGCUACUGUAUAGGAGAGGAUCAAGGCCACAAGGCAAACUCGAGGCAAGAAGUGGAAGGAUCACAUAAUCGGAUAUGCCGAAUGAGCCAUGGUCCUCCUGUGGAGUGGUUUUAUGUCCCGUUACGGUGUGACGAGUAUGAUGCCUUCUAUAAAAUGUACGGAGGCAAUACGGCACUGACGCAGAGGGAGUAUGAAGAAUUGUAUGAGGCUCAGCAUCAAGUAGCAUAG